UGUCCGCAUUUACACGUGGUUUCUGAUAUAUCGUUUUUUCAUAUCAGUUUCAUUUUCAUUAUUAUAUUAUAAGUAUUAAUCGAUUUGGUUAUAAUGCCCAAAUAUGCGUUAUUGUUGGGAUCAGAUGACGUCUAUUAUGUGCAGAAAACCACACUCCUCACGCAUCACAGUGGCUUAACCUACGAAAUAAAAAAAAAAUCCCUCAUGACGAAAUUGAUUUGCUUCCACGCAAAACGAGAAGUUCUCGUAGAGCUCCGCAAUAACCUGGUAUCAAGUCGUCCAUCAUUGGAACUAUCACCUACUCAAAUCAUUCCUCAGCGUGUCAAUAAUGAAGACUCUAAUACAAAUAAGGCUAGGUCGAAUGGGGAACCAGUGGCCACCGGAGAGGAUGCGAUGGAUCCAUGUCCAAUGAUUUUUGAUUUGACGUCAAAGAACAAUGAAAUUGAAAAUGAUUUUCUUGGGAAUGUUAGAAUAGAUACUUUUAUCAACGACCAACUGGGUUUUAAUGAAGCGGAUGAGUUGCAGCCAUGUGAUUCACCUGAGUACGCUUAUGAAAGUGAACCAAACGCUUAUGAAAGUCUACAAAACGAUUGUGAAAGCUCACAAAACGCUGAUGAAAGCGAACAAUACGAUUGUGAAAGCGAACAAAACGCUGAUGAAAGCGAACAAAAUGCUCGUGAAAGUGAACAAAAUGUUUCAGGUAGUACAGGUAAGUUAGGGGAAUACUAAUAUGAGUUUCAGAUACAGCGCAAAAAACUAAAAUAUCGAUUGUCAGAAAAGAAUGAAUUUGAUAAUGGCAAAAGGAGCCCCUCUAAGACCGAAAAGCAGGUGAUCAACGAAAUCAAAAUGAAAAUGUUCAUACUGAGAAUGAAUCGUCUGACUCGGAGUACAAUCCGGAGUCUGAUCUCAACGAAAUGUCAGACGACGGAGAAGAAAAUCAACAUAAAAACUUGAAUAAUAGUUCAUUGAAUCCCACCAUCCAGCAAGUAGAAGAUGUGUCCAUUGAUUUUGAUAAAUCGAAAGAAGCAUCGAUAGAAGAUGAGUAUCCAUUUAGCGUUCCGGGUACAUCCGCGUGCAAAGCUUCCACUUUGAAAACAGAACUUUCACGUGGACCUAACGGUGAUCACAAAAAAAAUGUUUGCCUUUAUUGUAAGAAGCCACAAAGCAAAAUUGCCCGACAUUUGGAGUUCGUUCAUCAAAAUGAAGAAAAAGUGAAAAUAUUUGCAUCCCUACCUCCAAAGGAUCCGAAAAGAUUACGGUUGAUUGGACUGUUGAGAAAAAAAGGGAACUAUAUGCACCUUGAUAGAAAAAAUAAUACGAACGGGUUACUCGUUCCAGUUCGGCGACCUCGAGACCCAAAUAAGUCUAGCGGGGAUCACUAUGCUCCUUGUCCGAAGUGCUUGGGAAUGUACACGAAAAAUAAUUUACGACAUCAUAUAUGCGGAGAUGAAAAGGCAACAACUAAGGGAAUAUUACUGGAAGCAAAACGGGUCGCUGCCCAAGUUCAUGAACAGGCUUCCGUAAAAAUGCGUCGUGAUAUAUUGCCUCGGCUGGCUGAAGAUGAAAUUGGUAACACAGCGAAAUUUGAUAAACUAAUCGUGCUCUAUGGUAAUGAUAUGGGUACACGGUACAAACGGCAAUAUCUGGAGUCAAUGGUGCGAUCGCAGUUAAGGUUACUUUCCCGAUUUUUAAUCACGAUUAAAGGCCUUGACAAGAAUAUCACAGAUAUGGCCUCAGUGUUCGAUCCGAAGUAUUACAAACAAUUGAUCAAAGCUAUGGAAAUCAUGGGUCAACUUGACCCAUCAACUACUAUAUACAAAACACCAGCCGUGGUGUACAACUUGCAGAUAGCUCUCAGAAAAGUCGCCGAUGUACUGAUACGAGAAUCGAUCCAGGAUCAUGAUGAGAUUAUGAAGAAAAAUGCAAAGGAUAUGCUGAAACUGAUGAACCAAGGCUUCGUGAAUACCGUCAACAAAACGGUAACUGAGUCUCAAGUUGAAAUGAAACGACAAAAAGCAAUCGUCUUACCAAAAACUGCAGAUAUUCGUAAACUGUCAGAAUAUUUGGCGACAAAAAUGGAUGACAGUUACAAGUUAUUGCUCAAUGCUUUUUCCGAUGAAACAUGGCGGGUUUUGGCGGAGAUAACUCUAAUUUACAUCAUGAUCUAUAACCGCAAACGUCCGGGCGAACUUGAAAGAAUGAUGAAAUUGGAUUACAAUAACAUCCAAGGAAUAACCGAAGAUGAUGAAGAAUAUCAACAGCUUUCAACAGAGGGUAAAAAUGCCGCUAACAAAUAUGUUCGAGUUGAAAUUCGUGGUAAGCUAAACCGCGUGGUUCCCGUUUUGCUCAACCAACGAAUGAAAAAAAGCGUCGAUCUGAUUUUGGCACACGCUAAACGUGCUGGCGUUUCUUCCAAGAAUCCAUAUGUGUUCGGUAUCCCAAGCGAUGAUAAAAACCGCUUUGCAUUUUUGCGCGCAACUACACUAUUAAGACGUUUCGCAUCAGAAUGUGGCGCGAGUAACCCAGAAUCGUUACGAGGGACGAACUUGCGGAAGCAUAUGGCAACAAAAUGUGUGAACAUGAACUUGGAAAAAAAGCAAACUGAAAAAGUUGCGCAUUUCUUGGGACACGAUCCAAAUAUUCAUACAAGCAUCUACCAGCAGCGAAAAACAUCAGAUAUUCUAUUAUUGUCGAAGUACCUUGAAAAAGCACAAGGUCGCGGUAGUAUUUCGGCUUCAGAUUUAUCUCAAGACUGUUCUACUGGUCAGGAUACCACAGCUAAUGCAGACAUCACGAACGGAACAGGAUGACUGACAUUCUGAUGACUCUACUGAUAUCGAUGAUGCUCCAUGUGUUGAAGCUGAAUCUGCAGUAAAAGAGCGAAAAUCGAAAUCCAAUAAAAAAAAUGACAAAUCAGCUCGACAUGCAACAGUUCGUAAGCGUCGUAGUAAUACAAAAAAAAGAUGGAAUCCGACAGAAAUCAUGACAGUGCAGAAGCAUUUCAAUGAGUACUUGGAGUCAGGAACCUUGCCGUCAAUCACUUUGAUCAAGGCGUUUCAAAAAACCAACAACUGUUUGAAAGAACGCCAUCCAGCUUCGAUUAAAGUUUGGCUUCACAACCAAAUUAGAAAACAGCAAUCCGGCCAUUAAACAUGGCUUUAAGAUAAAUGAGAGUUCGAUAUAGAUAUCUAUGUUUUGUGAUACUUACAAAUGUGAUAUUAAUUUUAACAAAGACGAAGUAUUACGAUAAGCUAGGCAUUAUUAGUACGAAUUCUCAAAACUAUAUUGAAUUGAUCCGACUGAAAAUAUUUUUGCAGUCAGCAGAGUGUAACUCUCAACAAUGUCGCUUCCAACGAAAAAACGCUUGGAUCAAAAUUACGCAUUUCAAUUCUGGAAACUAUAUUUCAUAAAAAUACUCUUUUGCUAAGACCAAAAAGGUUCAACAUAGGGAUGAUUUUAAUUCCUGAUAAUAUUUUGAUUUUAGUCCUCGGUCAAAUAAAAUGAAGAGACCCAUUCAAAUAUAGUCAUAUUCAUUAGUUAUAUUCAUAGUAUCAUCGCUUUUUGUUAUAUCACGAUGUUUUUCUGCGAAUUUAUCGAUUCAAGUAAAAAAAAGUUCUAUAAGAAAAUAUUAUCAGAUAAACAAUGUGAUAUUUAUUUGCUAUGAUCGUUAUUCGUUCCAAAAAGUACUUGAAGUGAGCAUUUUUGCCGUCAAUCUUUAUGGUCAAGGCGUUUCACAAAACCAAAAACUGUUUCAAAGAAUGCUAUCCAGCUUCAAUCAAAGUUGGCUCAACAGUCCAAUUGAAAAAACAGCAAUCCCGCUUGUAAACGUAGCUUUAAGAAGAAUGUUACAUAAGCUCGCUACAAAUGUCUAUUUUUUUAGUACUUGCAAAUGUGAUAUUGAUUUUACAAAAAGACGAAGUAUUAUAGUAAGUUAAGUAUUAUGAGUACCGAUUCUCAAAACUAUAUGUGAUUAAUAAGACUAAAAGGAUUUUUGCAGUCAUUACAGUGUAACUUUCUGCAAUGUCGCUCCCAACGAAAAGACGCUUGGCUCAAAACUAAACAUUCCGAUUCGGGAAAGUCUAUUCGAUAAGAAUAUUUUUUCGGGGAGAACACAAAGCUUCAACAUAGUCAUGAUUAUGAUUCUUCUAUUCCUUCGUCAAACAAAAAGAAGAGACCCAUUUUAAUACCGUAUAGUUAUAUUCAUUUAAUAAAAUCAUACGCUUUUUGAUAUAUUACAAUGUUUUUAUGCAGAUUUAUCACUUCAAAUAAAACCAAGUUCUAAAAGAAAAUAUUAUCAGAUAAAUAGUGUGAUAUUCAUUUGCUAUGAUUGAUUUUCAUGUCCAUAUCUGAUUUUGAUAUAUCUGCUAAUUUGUUAAAUCUACAGCCAUUUUUGUGAGAAGCCGUUAUCACGGCUUCUAUAUAAUAUUUUAUUCUGAUGUAUAACUUUUUUCAUGUACACGAAAGUUUUGUUUUUCUUUGAAAUGUAUUUAAAAAAGAUUUGUAAUACUACAGUGAGUUCGGAAGCAUUUCCGCAGUGAAAUAAAAAAAAUUGAAAAAGA